AAGGUGGUCGGGAAGAAUUUUUUGUAUACGCAGAUCCUGAUAUGGUCCAGAAAUGGCGUAAGGAUAAAACAAUUCCUUUAGUUGAUGUCAUUCAAAGUUUUGAAGUUUUCGAAGUCUACAAUGGUGGUAGAGAAGGUAUCGCUGGACGUCCAUCAAAUCAAAAACUUGAAAAUGCAUUUGGGACUACCAAUGAUAUGGAAAUUAUACAACAAAUUAUUCAACAUGGCACAAUUCACAGUACUCAUAAAGCUCAUGAAAGACCGACUUCAAAGGAUCAGAAGGGUGUGAUCAAUGAAUCGCGUGGAAGGGGUGCUUCGACUACUAAUAAUGCGAGUAUCCACCAAUAA